AUGGCUUCCGUCGAGAAAUCGUCCAACUCAAUCGCCCUGAAUGGGCCUAGUGGUGCUGCAGACGGCUUCCCUACUGAUGGCACUGGCGUGGUGAAGCUUGAUCCUUGGCUGUCGCCUUUCCAGGAUUCCCUCAAGAGACGGUAUGCACGCACCCAGGAUUGGAUUCAGAAGAUCAACGAAACCGAGGGUGGCCUCGACAAAUUCUCCAAGGGCACCUCGCUCUUCGGAUUCAAUGUCGACCGGGACAACAACAUUAUCUACAGGGAAUGGGCUCCCAACGCUACCCAAGCCUUCCUGACUGGCGACUUCAACAACUGGGACAGAAACUCCCAUGAAAUGAAGAAGAACAAUUAUGGUGUAUUUGAGAUCACUCUCCCGGCCGUCAAUGGUCAGGCUGCGAUCCCCCAUAACUCCAAAGUCAAGAUUUCCCUACAACUCCCCAGCGGCGAACGCGUCGACCGCCUGCCUGCGUGGAUCAAGUAUGUGACGCAAGACUUGUCCGUCUCACCCGCGUACGAUGCUCGUUUCUGGAAUCCGCCUGCGUCCGAAAAGUACGAGUUCAAGCACCCGAGACCACAAAAGCCUCGAAGCGCCCGCGUGUACGAGGCUCAUGUGGGAAUCUCGUCGCCCGAGUUGCGAGUUGCUACAUAUAAGGAGUUUACAAAAAACAUGCUGCCCAGAAUCAGAGACCUCGGAUAUAACGUCAUUCAGCUUAUGGCUGUGAUGGAGCACGCAUACUAUGCCAGCUUUGGCUACCAGAUCAACAACUUUUUCGCUGCAAGCAGUCGUUACGGACCCCCCGAGGACCUCAAGGAGCUGGUCGAUACAGCCCACAGCAUGGGGAUCACUGUGCUUCUGGAUGUUGUUCAUAGUCACGCCUCCAAGAAUGUACUGGAUGGUAUCAACGAGUUUGAUGGUACAGACCAUCAGUACUUCCAUGAGGGAGUACGGGGUCGCCAUGAGCUGUGGGACAGCAGACUCUUCAACUACGGCCACCACGAAGUGAUGAGGUUUUUGCUCAGUAACUUGCGGUUCUGGAUGGACGAAUACCACUUUGAUGGUUUCCGUUUCGAUGGUGUGACAAGCAUGCUGUAUCUGCACCAUGGUAUUGGAACUGGAUUUUCUGGAGGUUACCACGAGUACUUUGGCUCCGACGCCGACGAAGAAGCCAUUGCGUAUCUGAUGAUCGCCAACGAGUUGCUGCACUCACUGUAUCCAGAUGUCAUUACAAUUGCCGAGGAUGUAUCUGGCAUGCCAGCUCUAUGCCUGCCGCUCUCGCUGGGAGGUCUUGGCUUUGAUUACCGUCUGGCCAUGGCCGUUCCCGACAUGUGGAUCAAAAUCCUCAAGGAGAAGAAGGACGAAGACUGGGAUAUUGGCAAUAUCUGCUUCACUCUGACGAACCGCAGGCAUGGCGAAAAGACCAUUGCGUAUGCAGAAAGUCACGACCAGGCGCUUGUGGGCGACAAGACACUCAUGUUCCAUCUUUGCGAUGCCGAGAUGUACACAAAUAUGUCGACCUUGACUCCAUUGACGCCAGUCAUUGACCGGGGCAUGGCUCUUCACAAGAUGAUUCGCCUCCUGACCCACAGCCUCGGCGGCGAAGGAUAUCUCAACUUCGAGGGCAACGAGUUUGGCCAUCCGGAAUGGCUCGACUUUCCCCGUGAAGGAAACCAGAACUCGUUCUGGUAUGCUCGUCGCCAGCUCAAUCUCACUGACGACAAGCUGCUUCGCUACCAAUUUCUCAACAGCUUCGACCGCGCCAUGAACACCACGGAAGCCAAGUACGGGUGGCUGGCAGCGCCGCAAGCGUACAUCUCGCUCAAGAACGAGAAUGACAAGGUCAUCGUCUUCGAGAGGGCAGGUGUUGUCUUCAUCUUCAAUUUCCACCCCACCGAGAGCUUUACCGAUUACAGAAUCGGCAUCGAGGUGCCUGGUUCGUACAAGGUCAUCCUCAACACUGACUCCAAGGACUUUGGAGGCCACGCCCGUGUUGAUGAGGGCACUCGUUUCUUCACUACCCCCAUGGAGUGGAACAACCGGAAGAACUGGACUCACGUUUACAUCCCAAGCCGAUCUGCCCUGGUCCUUGGCUUAGAGUCUUCCGUGUCUCAACACUCUUGA